ACUGGACUGAAGUGGGAUUAGGAAUUGCCGUUGACUUUACUAGCUCAGACUGCACUGAUCCAUGACAGCAGUGUCCUAAACGCUCUCCUUCACAGCAGCGUUAACUCCACCUCACAGGCUGAAGCCUCUCUCAGACAGAUGAGCAAACCAUGAGUCCUUCAACACUCGAGGAAAAGAAAGAGAGCAGCUUUCGGCUCUUCUUCUCUGCUUUUACGCGCAGGUAACUGAUGAGCCUGUGAUUUAUUUCUUUCUUUUUCUCUCACAGUCACAGGUGCUCCACUUCUCCUGGACUGAGGAGAAAUUGUUUUGAAGCUUCAGUCCGCAGAGAGCACAAAAAUCCUCUCCUGCUGUGUUCAGUGCGUUACUUUCCAAAAUACCUUCAAAAAGGCUAUUAUGGUUGAAUAGCAAAGCCAUUAUUUGAAGAAGCUAUUCCUGCCGAAGGGAUGAACUACUAGAGAAGACUAAAUCUUUCUGCUGUGCUGCGUUGAGAAUUACCUGAAGGAAACCGAAGAAGAAGCGGAGAAGAGCAAACUGAGUAUGUAAAACUCUGAGGAAGGCUAACGCUAACGGUGGAGGUGAAAGGAUACUGUUGGAUAUUAGCCACUUUUUUGAAGUAUACGUCGAGUAAGUCGUCACAUUUAGGCUCUUUUUCACUGAGAAAUACAAAUGAAGUGGAUUUAAACCACACAGGGCGAGUUAGUCAGCAGUUUUGAGGUCACCUACCUGCUCUGCUAAACUCUCAGUGGCCGCUUUGGAGACGCCGAGAGGCGGACAGUGAGCUUCCACUACCAGGGCUUCUUAAAGGGUGUUGAUGGAGAGGAUUUCGAAUGACAGCCGGAACAGUGGUCAUCACAGGAGGAAUCAUAGCAGCAGUCAUCUUAUUGACUAUUGUUACGGUGCUGUGUUACUGUAGGCUGCAGUAUUACUGCUGUAAGAGAGAGGGGUCAGAGGGGGAGGAGGAGGAGCCUGACUUUACCAAAUCAUCCCCCAGUCCACCACAAGAACUAAACCCCAGCCCUCCUAGUUCUCCGAGUCCUCCAAGCCCACUGAGCUUUCACCCUCCUCCAGAGUACUCGUCCUCUAAUCAGCUUCUCAUGACCGCCGAGCCUUAUGAGCCCAAUGGACCGACCAUCUGCAGCCGCUACAGCCCCGCGCUACCCCGCAGACCCAUUCGCUCCUACACUUUCUGCCCCUCCUGCUCCGGCUACCUGCCCUUCUACCUGAAUCCUCAGGAGGGGCUGCGUAACGGCGGGGGUAGGAUCAGCUACAGGACUGUGCAGCAGCAAGAGUUAGACCUGCCUGUGGUGCCUGUGGACAUGCCUAACUUCAACAAGCUCAACCUCAUCCGCUCCGUUACUAUGAGGGAGGUGGUGACUCACCACAGCGUCAGCACUGAUGUGUAGCACCACUCGAUGGAGAGGGGCAACUGGACGAAACUUGAUGAGGCACAAACCAUUCCAGGGAACCCUAUUUUAAGACUCAUAUAUGACUUAUAAGUUUCUUAAUACAAAACUAAAAUGUAAGAUUUGUAUUAUGUUCAAGAGAUCACAGCAUUUUUGAUGUGGAAAUGCCAUAUAGAUGCACAUGCUAUGGUUAACCUGUACACAUAGGUAAAUGUGUAUACGCUAGCCAUGUAGAAGCUUAUUUAUCUGAUAAAGGACAUGACAUGGAAAACAGCAAUAUGGACAUGCUUCACAAUGUUUAACUAAGCAAGAGGGCUCACUAAUGGCAUGCAAAACUUGAAUAAGAUCUGAAUAGGUUAAUAGUCGUGUCAUGUAGUCUGUAGUGUCUAUCACUGUAGUAAAGUAUUAGACCAUGAAAACAUUUGUGUUUUUUGUACCUGUUUAACUGAAACUAUAAUGUGCUGCUCUUUGAAGUCAUGAAAUUAUAUGUAUAAGAGUGUUGACUUUACACACAGGGAUAUGGGCCUAAAUGUGUGUUUUAUCUGUUGUUUAUCUAUUUGAUUGCAGAUUUUAUUUGUGCAGAUAUAUUGUGUUGGCUUGGUCAUUUUGAGAUUUCACCAGUUUCUUAAUGUUUUAUAUUUUGUCACCUUAUUCAAGUCAUUAAAUUGGUUCACCUAAUUGACUAGUCAGUAGUUGCUAUGCACAUUUCUGUCAAUUUUUUUAAUGGAAUGUUUUGUGGUAUAGCAGCAAAUUAUGCAUGGCUGUGUUCUGUGACUGGACCAGCAGGUGGCGUCAGUUCUUUCACUCAGACACUCAGCUGUUCACCGCUUUAGCAACAGCUGAAAAGUUAUAGGCAUGUUGGAAUAGGCUGUCCAUUGCUUCACUGUCUGUAAUAUUGAGGGUAGAAUGAUCUGAAUGAGUUACUCCCAUGCUUACUUUGAACCAAGCCAAAAUUUCAAAAACUGCCUAAACAGGUUUUUCUUCAAACCUUCAACAUAAAAAUGUGUUUGAUUUUACUGGACCUAAAAAUACCACACGAAAGCACUGGUGAUAGCAUCCUAUUUAUCAUAUUUUGAGAUGUAACAUAAAAUGUGCAAUUUUUCUACAAUAAAAGAAAAUUAUUUCUACUUUCGAUUGCCUUUUGUACA